AUGAAGUUUCCUGAUCAGCAGCAGCAGGUUAUGUCUCAGCAGCAACAGCAGGUGAAUGCCGAUCAGCAGCAGCAGAGGACGCCCGAUCAGCAGCCUCAGCAUCAGUCCGAUGCUAAGAUCGCAGUCGAUGAUCAGAACGCAGUGGCUAAACAACAGGAUCAGGGGACGACUUUGGAUAGUCGGCGAACGACGGGUUUGGCUUUUGAAAAUCAAAUAAGAGUUCAGAGAAAUGAGCGGCACGACAGGUGCUCGAACAUUUGGGUUUUACAUCAUCCUGACGUGGCGUUCAGAUUGGUUUUUUCUUCGGAGCAGACGGUCAUUGCGGAUUGUCAUUGGAACUCUUUUGAUUUCUGGGUUGCGAUUGUUCACGGUGCCUCUACUCAUGUCGAGAGGAGGUCUUUGUGGGCGGAUCUCAUUAAUUUUACUGCUGACAGCAUGGUGAUUUUAGGGGAUUUUAAUGCUGUUAAAGGUGCCCACGAGAGGAUCAGUAGUUGUAUGCCUAGUCAGGCUUCUUGCAGAGAGUUCUGUGACUUUAUUGAUGACACUGGUUUUAUUGAGUCGGCUACUUCUGGGCUUCGGUUUACUUGGUCUGGUCGACGUUUUAUGCCUCGACAUGUGGAGUCUUUUCUUGAUCGUGCUUUAUACUCGGAGUUGUUUUCUUCUUUGUGGCAUUCUGUUCAUACUCUGAACCUGGCUAGAUUGACUUCUGACCACUCUCCGAUUGUGUUUCAGUGCAGUUUACCGCCCCAAACCAGACAUAGGUUUUUCAGAUUUUUAAACAUGUGGGCGAUGCAUCCGACUUUCCAUGCUUUGGUGGAGGAUUCUUGGAGACAAGAUACUGGGGUCCUGUGUCCGAUUUAUAAGGUUAUGUUUAAGCUUAAACGGCUUAAGAAGGAGCUGAAGAUUUGGAACAAGAACGUUUUUGGUAACGUUGAUGCGUUGGUGGAUGACACUCAGAGGGAGUUGAUGGAUAUCCAGAUGAGUAUUUCGCUUCAUGGUUAUACGGAUGAGUUGUUUGACAAGGAGGUUCAAGCCCAGGCUAAAAUUAAUGUUGCCUUGUCUCGCAAAAAUUGUUUGCUUCAGCAAAAAAGCCGAGUGCCGUGGCUUACGGAUGGGGACAGGAACAUUGCUUUUUUUCAUGCUACACUACGCUAUAAGCACAAGCCUAGGGAGAUAUCACAUUUUAUGAUUGAUGGGACCAGAGAAUCGAACCAGGAACGAAUCGGUGGGCAUAUUGUGGAUUAUUUCACUACUCUUUUUACUGAGGAUAGUGGCUCUGAUGUUGGUAUUGAGGCGAUUGAGGCUGUUAUUGACCCUGUUAUUUCUGAUGAUCAUAAUGCGGUUCUUUCGGCUUCUCCUUCGGAGGAGGAGAUUACAGCUGCUGUUUUUAGCAUGGAUGCUGAUAGCUCGCCUGGACCUGAUGGUUUUUCUGGGAAGUUUUUUCAGAAUCAAUUUGGGUUUAUUAGCGGUCGUUCGAUUCAUAAUUGCAUUCUGAUGGGAUCUGAAGGUUUUAACUGUUUGAAACGUACGGGCAGAGGGCAGAAUAUAGCCUGCAAAAUUGACAUCCGCAAAGCCUUCGAUACUCUUCGUUGGGGUUUUCUGUUGAAUGUUCUUAAGGUUAUGGGGUUUGAUGGGAGAUUUAUUGUUUGGAUCAAGAUCAUUCUUACUUCUGCCCGGCUCUUCAUUCUUUAUAAUGGGAAGCUUUAUGGUUACUUUGGUUGUUCGCGCGGUGUGAGGCAGGGGGACCCUCUCUCUCCUAUUCUUUUUGGGAUUGCUGAGGAUGUUCUGAGUGCUCUCUUUCGCAACUGUGUUAUUUCUGGUCAUCUUACUCCCAUGUCUAUGACUCGUUCGCAGCCUUUUCCCACCCAUCUUCUUUACGCGGAUGAUAUUCUGGUCUUCUGUAAAGCCUCUGUUCGGAAUGCAAGGACGAUUAAGAAGAUUCUUGAUUACUACAGUUGGAUUUCUGGGCAAACUUGUAGCAGUGAAAAGUCUCAUAUUUACUUUUCUGCUAAAGUUCAUGCUGUAACUCAGCGUUCUGUUCUGAGAGAUUUGAACUUUGUGAAGGGAGUGGCUCCCUUUACGUAUCUGGGGGUUUCGAUAUUUGAUGGGCGUGUCCGUGCUUCUUAUUUCAGGCCGAUUCAUGACCGGAUUUUAGCAAAGUUUUCCAGAUGGUGUGGGCGUCUUCUUUCUAUGGCUGGUCGUCUUUGUCUGGUUAAAUCGGUCAUUCAGAGUUCUAUCACGCACUCUAUGAUGGUGUAUAAAUGGCCCCGAUCCUUAUUGAAAGAUUUGGAUGAGAAAUGCCGCAAUUUUAUCUGGACGGGUGAUGUUAGAAAGACACCUUCUUGUUCGGUGAGCUGGAACCGUGUUUGUGCCAUCAAGGAGGAGGGAGGGCUCGGUAUCCGGUCAUUUUCUUUAAUGAACAAGUGUUUCUUGAUGAAAAUGGCGUGGAAGCUUAUUUGUGGCAAGAGCUUCGGGUUUUCGAUUCCGCAGGAGAGAUACUUGAAUAAUUUCCGACAGGUGAGAUGUGAUUCGAUCUCGUCGUCUGUUUGGCUUGGUCUUAAGGAAGAGGUGAGCGAUCUGGUUGACAAUUCCUACAGCUAUAUUGGUGAUGGCACGGCUACGAACUUCUGGUGCGAUGACUGGCUGAGUUACAGAAUCUAUGAGAAAUGCAGGGUUCCUCAUUAUGUCCAAGAUUUGCUUAGACAUUCUGUUGCUGACUACUUCUAUGAUGGGGUGUGGCAUUUCACCCAGGAUUUUAUUAAUGCUUUCCCUGAGAUUGUUGGUGAUAUUUUGGUGCUUCCUAUUGGAGAGGAUUCUGACACUUGUUACUGGAAGUCUUCUAUUCAUAGCUGGGGUUCUUGGAUCUGGAAGAAUUAUAUUCCAGUUAGACGCUCUUUAGUCUGCUGGCGGAUUCUCCAUGAUCGUCUUCCUACUUAUGAUCGCCUGAUUAGAUAUGGUAUGAUCAUGCCCUAA